UCACGGGGGCAGCAAAGCGCAACUUUGCCUCUACCGAAUUUGAGGCAGCGAAGAAGAAGAGGAGAUUAUGCUAAUGCUAGCUCGAUGGGACUGUUGAAGUAACCUAUUCUAAACAAAUAUAACCCAAAUAUGGAUAAAAAGAAGAAAACUCUGGCUGUGGAUGCUUCAUCUCUUGUUGACCUGAAAGCGGAACUGUACAGGAAACAGGAACAGUUCAAACGGGAGAAACUCGGUCAAGAAAACACAAGUGUUGGACCCAGACCGAAAUCUACUGUCAAGAAACCUGCGAUAUGGAGCAAACAGAAUCCCGGAGUUUCAGCGAGAGCUGAGAAAGACUCCGAGCAGCUGGCAGAGGAGCAGAUCAGCCUGGACGCUGCGAGGCGUAAACUGGAGGAAAAGGCCAAACUGUACGAGCAGAUGACUAAAGGAGAUUUUCCAGAUGAAGAAACAGAAGCUCUGUUCCUGGUUGACUUCACACAAAAGAUUAUCGACAAAAAGAGAGAAGCGUUCCAGCAGAAGGAGAACGAGGAAGAGGAGGAGGACAGGGAGAGCUCAUCACCUCCUCCACAACCUCUCAAUCCAGAUGAAGAAUGGGUGGAUUUCGUGGACGCUCUGGGACGAUCUCGGAGAUGCAUGAAGAAAGAUCUGCCGGAUUAUAUGAAAAUGGACCGAGACCUGAAGGGGAAAGGGAUCAUCUCCUCCGAUAAGACGUUACUGUCGGAGGACAUGCGGCGGGAGCUGCAGCGGCAGGAGUGGGAACGAGAGGAAGAGGAGGCCAUGAAGAGGCCGGUCGGACCCAUCCACUACGAGGACAUCCGAGCUCAAGAGGCUCGGGAUCUCGGCGUGGGAUACUUUGCGUUCUCUCAGGAUGAAGAGCAGCGCCGGAAGCAGAGGGAGACUCUGGACAUGCUCCGGGAUCAGACCACUGAUCAACGGACCAAAAGAGAGCGGCUGAAGGAGAAGAGGCAGGCCGUCCUGCAGGCUAGACUGGCCAAGGUGAGGCAGAGGAAGAUGAAGAAGGCAAAGCUAGACGGCACUGAGGAAGAGGAGAAAGAGGAAGAAGGUCAAGUUGCGGUAGAGGAGGAGGAAACGUUCGGACCGUACCCUCAGCCUGAUGACCCCCCAGAGGUCAGCACUCUGAAGAGAGUGGAGGUGGAGAUCCAGGAGAGGAGGGACACCAAACCCGGAGUCCCUCACGUCAGAGAAUGGGACCGAGGAAAAGAGUUCAUGUUCAGCGAGUGGAAAAGUCGCCGUCGGGAAGAGCGGGACACGGAAUUCGCUCCUCCGUCGGCGUACUUCUCUGACGACAGACGAACAAAUCCAGCAAAGUUUAAACCCAAGGUGAGAAGCUUCAACGUCAUGAAGAGUUCUGGAGGAAUCUCCGAGCAAAAGCCGCAGAGUCAACCACAAGCUCCUCCUCCACCUCCUCCAACUCCAGCUGAAGCUCCACCCCCUUCCCCGUCAGCUCCUCCUUUCACUCCCCAACAUGCUCCUCCUCCAACUCCAGCUGAAGCUCCACCCCCUUCCCCGUCAGUUCCUCCUUUCAAUCCCCAACAUGCUCCUCCUCCUUUCUACCCUCCAUUUCCUCCUCCUCCUCAUUUUGGAGCCCCGCCUCCCAUUCCUCCCUUCCCGCCCGUGUACCCGUACGCCCCCCCCUUCCCUCCUCCACCCGCCGAGCAGAGGCGAGCGGAGCCGCCGCCUCCGGGAACCUCCGGCAGCCUGGAUGACAUGCUGUCCUUCUACAGGAACGCCACCUGAGAGGAAACAGAACCGGGAGACGGGAACGUCGGAAAGAAUGCUCCGUUCCACAGUCUGUGUGAUUCUCAUCAAUAAAUCUGUGGAUUUUGGUAGAAAUUAAACGUUUUCUGGAUUUCAUUCAAAGAA